CGGUCUUAGAAGAACUUCUAAGAUCGUGGUCUAUAUUGUCUAUAAGUACCUAACGUUACAGUAUGCGAUGGUCGAUGUGUGUUGUACAUAUUAUUUUUACGUGAAAAUAUAACGCUAGCCCGGCUAGGUACCAGCUAUUGUGUUGACAAUAAUAAAAUAAAAUAAUAACGAUAAUAAUGAAAUCGUGGUUGGUCGUUAUAGCAAUACAAAAUGUACGGACGGUAGUCUAUACUGUGUACACAUAUUAGUAAUUACAAGCCACCAAAUGUCGUCUGUCAGCUGCCGUCAGCUGCGUGUCACCGACCCAACCGACUCGCCGUACGGAUUCGAUCGAGAGCUACCCCUGUGUUUAUUCGACGUUCGGACUUUCGUAGUGUAAGGCAUUGCACUAUUAUUGUAUAGUGUACGUCCGUAUUAGGGUUGCGCUUGCUCUGCCGGCCGGGUAAUAUUUGCAGGGGAUGCGCACCGCGCAGACGCGAAUUAAAACAUUUCGUACGACCCCCGAUGCACGGUUACAAUAAUAAUAAUAAUAAUAACAAUAAAGUUUAUGCGCUCACAGACUACGCGUCUAAGCGGGAUCUCAUAAAAAUUAUGUUGUAAUGUCGUCGUCUAGCACUCUAGCCGUCAAACGCAUAACCAAUAAUCAUUAAUCUUAUUUCUACGGUCAUAAUCAUUAAUAGUCUUUCGUGGUUAUUGCGUGUUCAUGGUUAUCGUCGUUCAUCGCCGGUAGUCUGUUGGUGCCGUACCACGCGAUAUAAUGUAAUAAAAUAGUUGUAUGAUUUAAAUAACAUUUAAAACAAACAAAAGCGGUUUUUUCACGUCUGCCGCAAUCGAAUGACAAUCCUUUGAAAUGGAAAUGCAAACUCACGUCAUCGUUCGCAAUGUCAAUAACGGCGACAACGACGUUGUUUAUUGUCGGCGAGGCUCCGUUUACGACCGUCCUCAUGACGGUCGACGGUAGGCGCUGUGCCGCGGGUUUGUGAGACAGGGGAUGCGGCUGGCCGGUGUUGUUCGCUCGCCGGGCGGAUUCGGUCCGACGUCAUAGCCUUAGAUAACGUCAUAUUUUAGCGAAUCUGUUUAGUCCUGAUGGAACAAGUCAAAGGAGUAUGUGCGCGUCGUUGUCAUCCCGCCACCGCGGCUAUGUUUGCUGCGAAUCGUAUCCGCUGCGUUUAAAAUUAUUUUGUUUAAAAUAUAACUACCCCCAGAACGCGAUGUUGGUUAUCCAUACACGUACGAUAUUACAAUUUUAAUAGUAGGUACCUGAGUGAUUCAAUGAUGAAAACUCGAGUUCGCCUGUUGCUGCUUUUGUUCACUGCUGCUCUUACCUUGUUCGUAGUUUUUUUCGUCUUCGAUGAAAAACCCAACAGCGUAGACGUCAAAGACCACAAGUAUUAUAGUCAAAAACAUAAAUCACCAACCCAUUACAAGCCUGCAAAGCAACAGUAUAUAAUACAUCCACCUCAUGUAGAACGUACAUUACCCACUCGAAGUGGAAUCGUUCCUAGAGACGCAGUUUGGCAAAAAGUCCAAUCAACAAAGUACAAAUUUUUCAUUUAUUCAGCAUACUUGGAUACAAGAAUCAAAUCUGUUGGGCCGUUGAUACGAAUAAUUGGUGCGACCAAAACUCGAAAACCAGAUCCAGUUUGGUGUAGAUUAUGGUAUGCAAAUAGUUCCAAGACUGUUUCAGCAUCGGUGAAAGCAAUCCGUGAAAACUGGAAUCUAAAGUACAGUGCAGUAUUUGUGUUGUGCAAAUUACCAUCAGACGGAAACCAUCCGUUAAGCGUAUCCAUUGUAUCUCAUGUCAAAGAUCCAAUUACUAAUGAAAUUCUGAUUCAAAUGCCAAAACCAACUAGUCAACUUAAAACUGAUAUAGAAAUUUGUGUUAAGCCAUUUCAUUAUUAUUAUGAUCGAGCAAUACAACUUAUGGAAUUUGUAGAGCUAAAUUAUUUACUCGGGAUCGGACAUUUUACAUUUUAUAAAAACACUAUUGGGCCAAAUGUUGAAUGUGUUUUGGACCAUUACACAAAAGACAAUUUGGUUUCUGUUUUACCUUGGCAGUUAGACAUAGUAUCUAAGUCAGAAAUUAGAACUGAAGGAAUGUUUGCUGCACUUAAUGAUUGCUUGUAUAGAAAUAUGUACAAAUCAAAAUAUGUGGCAUUUUUAGACAUAGAUGAAAUUAUUGUUCCUAGACAAAAUGAUACAUUAAUCAAAUUAAUUAAUUGGUUAAACAUUUAUCAAACUCCAGCUGCUUAUUCGUUUCGUAAUGCAUUCUUCUACAUGCAAUGGGCUGAUGAUGACUCAUUACCAUUAGAUCAGAAUCCAUUUCAUUCGAAUCUUGUUGUUUUACGCAAAACACGGCGUAAGACAAAAUUGCACCCACAUAAACAACGUUCAAAAUAUAUUUGUGAUCCGCAACGAAUAGUAGAAGUUGGAAAUCAUUUUAUCUGGGAGUUUCUAAAUCCUAGUGAUGGGACAUUUUAUUUUACACCAGAACGUGCAAUACUUCAUCAUUAUAGGGUUUGUGAGUAUGGAGGAGAUGAUUGUGUAACUGCAGACUCUACAGUGGACCGCACAGUGUACAGGUACAGAAAAAAAUUGGUCGACCGAAUAACAAAUACUCUUAGCAACUUGGAUACAAAUUGUCUAAUAGAAGCUCAAGCAAACACUAAUGAAACAAUGUACUUCUCAAAUUAAAUUUUCUUGAUAACAUUUAAUUUUCAUAAAGUGUGCUUCCAAUAAUUUAUUGAAUAUAAUUAUAUUAAACAGGGUGAAUUAAACCUUUAAAAUAUGUAUAAUGCAUAUUAGUGUUGUGUGAAAUACGUGUAAUUUAUGGGUCAAGAGUAAAUUAACUCUAGCCUAAAUUUUAAAUAGAAAAAAUCAUCAUACUCUUAUACCUUGUAAAAAAAAUAUAAGUGAAUAAAAAUAAAAAUGUUUAUAUUUAAAAACCA